AUGCUCACAAACCAUUACGAGUAUAUAUAUAUAUCACCAUUAGUUUCAAUUAAAUGUUUACGUCGGUUUUCUGUGGACUGCUUUCAGAUAAAGCCAAGAGUGGUAAUUAUUCAUGCAUCGAGUCGAGCAACAGAGAGAUGGCGUACAGCACGAAAUUUGAAUGCAAAUUCGUCUUGUUCAGGUUUUGCUGUGCUCGGCACGCCAAGAAACGCGUGCCAAUAUAUUGAAUUAAGCUUUUUGCAGGCAAAAUUUUUGCGAAGGCCUAAGUUUUGCUUAUUGCAUUCAGCAGUUUGCAUGCUCGAGGUACGGUACCUUGAGAACUUGUUUACGAGUUGUUUUGCAUGGAAAACUUUGCUCUUACGAUUUUUUCUCGAGAAAGUGUGUCAGACUGGCCACCUUAGCACAAUGCUCUCCCACCAUGCUUGUAGUCCAGUACAUCAGGCGGGUUACGAGAGGAUAUAUUGUGUGAGUAAACCGUUUUAUUGCUGGGUGAGACUUUGUAUACAUUUUGGGGCAGAUUUUCAAGUUGUAUCCUCCCGCAGUUGCGAAAUGACUGGAUUCAUUUAUAAGCAAGUGCUUUUAUAA